AUGGCUUCAGCCUCAACGACUUCAAGCACACCGACGACCUUCCCCCGCUCAACCUUCGCAAAGCUCUCCCCGCACCCCUUCCUGCUCGCCAACCUCGCCCCGACCGACAACUCUCACCCGCCGGCCCGCACAAACGGCCGCGCCCAGACCGAGAGCCGCGCCGUCAACGUCAACACGGGCUCUCUGUCGCACGCACAGGGCAGCGCCGUCGUCCGCUGCGGCGACACCACCGUCAUCUGCGGCGUCAGGGCCGAGAUCCUGCCCGUGGCUUCCAUACCCAACUACCGCGCCAUUGAUGAUGACGCGGCAACGCCGGCGGCCGGCAUCGAGAGGGGUCGGAGGGAGCUCAGGGACUACGACCUGCUGGUCCCAAACAUAGAGCUCGCCACAGGCUGCGCGCCCCAGUUCCUGCCGGGCGUGCCGCCCACCACCCUCGCGCAGACGCUGAGCAGUCGCGUCUACUCGCUGCUGCACGCCUCGGACCUGCUGUCUGUUGACGAUCUGCGGAUUGUGCACACCCCUGUGGCGAGGAGCAGACACGACGAUGGUGACGAGGCGAUGGACGACGACGACGACGACGACGGGAAGAAGCCAGAGACCAAGGCCUUUUGGACGCUCUUCAUCGAUGUGUUGUUCAUCUCGUUUGACGGUAACCCGUUCGACGUCGCCUGGACGGCCGUCCUCGCCGCCCUGCGGGACACGAAGCUUCCAGCCGCCAAGUGGGACGAGGACAGGGAGAUGGUCUUGUGCUCACGGCAGGCGCCGGCCAAGCCGCUCAGCGUGCGCGGGUUUCCGGUCGCUUGCACGGCGGCCGUAGUGCGGCGGCGGCGCGACGACCCGGACGUGGCCGGCGAUCAGUACUGGGUGCUGGUGGACCCGGACCGGUCGGAGGAGGAGCUAUGCGAUGAGUUCGUGUCGGUCGUCGUCGACGGCGAGGGCGGGGACGGUGUCAAGAUCCUCAGUCUGCUCAAGCUCGGAGGCACCGCUGCCGGGAUGGAGUUUAUCAACCGGCUGGUUACAGUGGCGGAGGCGAGGUGGAAGGAGAUCAGGGGAGCUAUGAGGUAA